AUGGACAGUGGUUGCACCAACACCACCAUUUGUAAUGGUGAACUCAUGCAUGGACUACGUCAAGCUGAGAAAGAGCUCGAUAUGCACACUAACGUGGGCAGCAGAGUUCUCGAUGAAGAAGGGUUUUUAGGAAGAUUUCCGCCUCCAGUCUAUUAUGAUGAAGACGGAAUUGCCAAUGUACUUGCUAUGCGCGAGAUGAUUGCUGCGGGAUACCGCAUUACCAUGGAUACUGAUUUUGACAAUGCCUUUGUUGUGCAUUGCGAUGGAGACAGACAGAUGCGAUUUGUGAAUCGUAGGGGUGUAUAUGUGUUGGAGCAACUUGGAGCAAAUGUCGAACAAGGUGCCAAAGAGACAAGUGCAAUGUAUUGUCGCCAGUUAAGCAAUGCAAAAAAACUAUUUCUGAAAAUUCGAUUUCUAAUAAAUAUUCACAAAACACGCCAAAAACACCAAGUCCUCGCGUGUUCCAGAAAGACAGUAUUUCCUAACAUUUCAGUCCGCAGCAAAUCAUUGAUAAUGUCAAUUUCAACUACAAGAAUGACAUGGUUGCUGAGCUUGGACAGUAUGUUCAUGCAAUUGGGACGGAUUCCAACACUUCAAUGGAACCCCGAAGGUCGUCGUACUACCCGUUACCGACCAAGUAAUGUUGAAGCCUGGGCUACUGCUGAAGGUGUUACUUUUGUCAAGUUCUUCGAUAAGACGAGAGAUUUGGAGACAUUUCAAGAUGGCAAUAGAAUCGCAGGAGCGGAUUACUUAGAAGAAGCCUUUGAUCAGGAGUAUGAACCUGAAGAUGAAGAUGAACGUGAUUUCAACCUACAUGGACAAUUCAAUGAUAUCGAUGACUCAGAAAGAGAAGAGCUCUUGGCAGAUGCAGACAAUGAUGUCGAUGAUAUGCAAGAACUCACUGUCAGAUUCCAAGGAGAUGAUGACUAUGAAUCAGAUGACAGCGAUUCUUGUGAUGAUGAAGAAGAAGCUAUUGUGGCCGAUUUGGAUCACCAUCAAGAAAAUGCCGAUAGAGGAACCGAUGAUAUUGGGAGCCUUGUUACUGAUCUGGAGGAUCUACAAGAACCGUCAGAAGAAAAGAUUGUAUUUGAGCCUGAAACGCCUUAA